AUGCCGCCGCCGGGCGUCUCGGCGCCCAUGCGCCCCAGCUUGUCGGUGUCUGAAGCCUUGGCCGAGAUGCAGUCCGCCGUCAAGCGUGGCGAUUGGCCUGCAGCGCGCCUCGCCGGCGCGUCAUCCUCCAUCCCACUGGCUGUCCCGGCCGCCGAGGUCCGAAUCGACUCCAAGCUCUCCUCGGGCGCGCAGGGCGACGUCCUGGCCGGCGAUUGGGCUGGCACCCCCGUGGCAGUCAAGCGGCCCCGCAUUCGCUCAUCUCCGGACCUGGACCGGUUCAGAAACGAACUGGCGAUCCUGGCAUCGCUGUCCCACCCCAACGUGAUACGGCCGAUCGGCGGGCGCGCCCUGCCGCCGGAUUAUUUCGCCAUCCUGCCGCGGGAAGGGCCCAGCCUUGCUGAGAUGAUUCACGGCGAGCGGCGGUGGGCGCCGGCUUGGGACGACGUCGCGGCGGUUGGAGUUGCUCUGGCGGGCGCUCUGGAGCAUGUGGCCCGGGCGGGGGUGGUGCACCGCGACGUGAAGCCCGGGAACGCGCUGUGGAGGGGGGAGCCCGGAAGGGUGGUGCUGGUGGACUUUGGGAUUGCGGAGAGGAAGGGUGGCGUGGAGCACGGUGGCGGGCGGGAGAGAGGCGAGAGGAGGAGCGUGAGGGGAAAGCCGUCGGGCGGGUUCCACAAGGGCAGGAUGGUUGGCACCCUGGAAUACAUGGCACCCGAAGUGCUGCAAAGCCAGUCCCACAGCACUGCCUCUGAUGUCUAUGCCUUUGCCAUCAUGCUGAACGAGGUUGCCACAGGCGUGUACCCCUUUUCAGACUGCUGCAAGGCCAACCCCGACAUUCACACAGUGCUGGAGAUGGGCUACGGCCGGCAGGAGCUUGCUGUGGCCGUGGCGGCAGAGGGGCUGAGGCCGAGCCUGCCCAAGGGGGGCAUGCCACCUGGGUAUGCAGAGCUGAUGAGGGCCUGCUGGAACGUGGACCCUGGGUCCAGGCCAACUUUCCCCGAGGUGUGCAAGGCACUGAACAGCAUCCAGAGGCUGGUCACACAGCGGGAGAAUGUCAUGUAUUGCGAUGUGGGGCCAUUGGGCAGAGUGAAGGAUUUGUCAGCUGGGUGUGUGGACAUUCCAAGGCUUGAGUCAGACAGAUCUUCUAACGUCAGUCGACUGGCCACUGCACGUUGUUCUUCUCAUGAGUUGAGGUCCAGCGACACAAGGGUGCUGAGGGAGAGGGGUGCGGCACUUGGUGAGAUAUGUGGAGCUCCAGCUGUCAGUGAGGGUGCGUGCUCUGCAACAGGCCCAAUCGUUGUUGGUGGAUACCUGCCCACAGUGGUGGCAGGGGCAUAUGCAUCUGCUGGGCAUCGGGGCGAGGAUCGCAUGGAGGACCGGUACUGCAUCACUGAGCAGUUCAUGGGCUUCCGGGAAGCGAGCCUCCUGGGCGUAUUCGAUGGCCAUCGAGGCCAUGAAGCCGCUGAGUUUGCUGCCAGCAGCCUUCCUGCCACUUUGGUCCAAUGUCUUGCCUCUGAAUGUGCACCAGAGCGGGGAUUGUCUUCUGCUUUUGCUGCAGUAGAGAGAGGGUUUGCCAGCUCAGGGGAUGCCAGCAUCAGCACGACCAACAGCACCAGGUUCCCAGGGUGCACAGCACUUGCCGCUCUGCUCUGGGGCAGGCUCUUGGUCUUGGCAAAUGCAGGUGACUGCAGAGCUGUGCUUUGCCGGAAUGGGGUGCCAGUUCAGUGCACCAUUGACCACACAGCCAACAAUGACGCCGAGCGUGCUCGUCUUGUUGCAGCUGGUGCGACAGUGAGCUGGAGGGUCGAUGGAUGGAGGGUUGGAAAGGCCGGCAUGCAGGUCGCAAGGUCAAUCGGUGAUGAAGACCUCAAGCCUUUUGGAGUGACUGCGGAGCCCGAGGUGUCGGUGGUGGAACUUGGUGCAGAUGACGAGUUCCUCAUUAUGGCCACAGAUGGUUUCUGGGACACAGUCACCAAUGACGAAGCCAUAGGCCUGGUCUACGACACCGUCAAGAACCCCCAGAUGAGCGCCCAGCGCCUGGCCACUGAAUCCAUAGCCCGGGGCAGCCACGACAACGUGACGGUCAUCGUCGCCUUCCUGCGGCCAGUGUCGACGGUCGAGCGCGUGUACGGCCCAGGGCAGGCACGAGCCGGGCCUUCGAUCAGGUGCCCCAGGGGGGUGGGGAUGACAGCAGAUGAGGUGAGGGACACGUACUAG